AUGUUAACCUUGUCAGAAGAACCUAAAGGCCCGAGAGAAAUAUAUAUGGAUGAAUUAUAUCCUGGUGACUUAUAUCUAGAUGAACCAUACCAAGAUGAUUUAUAUCAAGGUAGUUCAUAUCAUGAUAAUUCAUAUCAAGAUAAUUCAAAUCAAGAUGAAUCGCAUCCAAAUGGGUCCUACCAAAACGAUUCAUAUCUAGAAGAACUAUGCUCAAAUGAAAAUAAAUUAUACUCAAAAGAGUAUUGGGGUGAAUUAUACCAAGGUGGAAUGUACCAAAACAAAUCUUGGAUAGACAAAUCUAACCUGGACGAAUCUCACCCAGACGAAUCUCACUCAAAUGAAUAUCGCCCAGACGAAUCUCGCCUAGAUGAAUCUUGCCCAGAUGAAUUAUCACAAACAGAGUACUAA